AUGUCGGCGGCCGCUGAUCCGAGCGCGCCGAACCUCAAUCUCUCACCCGAAGAGAAGCGCAUCUAUGGCCAGCUCUUCCGCCAAGCCGAUACCGAUGGCGUGGGCGUCGUCACCGGCGAGAUAGCCGUCAAGUUUUUCGAGAAGACGCGGCUAGAUUCACGCAUACUGGGAGAGAUAUGGCAGAUUGCCGACAAGGAGAACCGCGGCUUCCUCACUCCCGCUGGCUUCGGCAUCGUACUUCGCCUCAUCGGCCAUGCUCAGGCCGGACGAGAGCCAACCCCCGAGCUGGCUCUCCAGCAAGGGCCCAUCCCCCGCUUCGAAGGCAUCUGGCCAGCUGCUGCCACCUCUCCGUCGCAGGCGCAGACGCCCAUUCAGCCCCAAGUCUCUGGCGGCGUUCGUGUUCCUCCCCUGACUCCCGACAAGGUUGCACAGUAUGCCGCCUUGUUUGAGCGCCAGAACCUGCAAGCGAACAUGCUGCCGGGCGAUCAGGCCAGGUCCAUCUUCGACAAGUCCGGCUUGCCCAACGAGACUCUCGGCAGGAUAUGGGGAUUGGCCGACACCGAACAACGGGGUGCUCUCGCCCUGCCCGAAUUCAUCAUCGCCAUGCACCUGCUUACGUCCAUGAAGACUGGCGCUCUCCGCGCACUGCCCAACGUUCUACCUGCUGGAUUGUAUGAGGCGGCGACGCGCAGCUCAGCGGCUGCUCCUAGACAGUCGCCAAGCAACACUGGCGGUAUUACUGCUAUCCCCCGGCAGCUGAGUGGCUCGACUCAGCAGCAGAGGACAGGAAGCCCGCUCAAUCGCCCACCGAUAGUCGCUGCUCAGGUUACUGGACCCCCUGCGCCUACUGGUGGUGAAUGGGCCAUUACUCCGGCCGACAAGGCGAGAUUUGACCAGAUUUACCUCGAUUUCGACAAGACGAACAAGGGCUACAUCACCGGUGAGGAGGCUGUGCCCUUCCUCAGUCAGUCAAACCUCCCCGAAGACACGCUCGCCCAGAUUUGGGACCUAGCGGACUUUGGUUCUCAGGGACGAUUGACUCGCGAUGGCUUUGCCGUUGCCAUGUAUUUGAUCCGUCAGCAGCGCAGUAACCGGGCAACUCCCUUGCCCAGCACUCUGCCCACAGCUCUGGUGCCGCCGCACCUGCGAACUCAGAGCCGCCCUGCUACUGCAGUUUCAUCGGCCUUUGAUCCCGCACCAGCUCUCACACAAACCGCUCCGCUCCCCCCGGUAGCUGCCUCUGCACCGCCGGCGCCCAAGUCUGCUCUCGAGGACUUGUUUGGCCUUGACUCUUCUACUCCUAGCCCUGCGCCCCCGGCCCCGGCGCAGACCACAAUGUCCACAGGAGGCUCAAAUGCUGAUCCAUUUGCCGGUGGCAUCAGCGUGCUCCACACAGCUUCUUCCCCUGGCAAGCCGUCAUCCCCCGUAGGUGUGGCGUUUAGGCCAUUCGUGCCAUCCUCCUCCUUUGGCCGUGGCUUGGCUGGUCACCCUGGAGCUGAGGCUGCGCGACCGCAUACUGCUUCAGAGGACCUCCUUGGUGAUACUGAUCCUGAAGCAAACAAGAACAUCUCUGAUGAGACUACUGAGCUGGCCAAUCUGUCGAAUCAGAUCGGCUCUCUGACCAAGCAGACGCAAGAGGUUCAAACUAAGAGGGCCACGACUCAGCACGAACUGAGCCAGACUAACUCCCAGAAGCAAAACUUUGAACAACGACUGGCACAGCUGCGACAACAAUAUGAAAAAGAGGCUCAAGAUACACAUGCUCUCGAAGAGAAGCUAAGAAACUCGCGGGCCGAUACUAAGAAGUUGCAGGGAGAUUGCAUGAACCUGGAAGGACAGCUGCGAGACAUUCAGGGCCAGCACCAGCAGGUCCUGGCUGCCCUCCAGGCUGACCAGCAGGAGAACGCCAACCUGAGAGAGCGCAUUCGUCAGGCGAACGCCGAGAUCGCCGAGCUCAAGCCUCAGGUUGAAAAGCUCAAGCUGGACGCCAGGCAGCAGAAGGGUCUCGUUGCAAUUAACAAGAAGCAGUUAUCCACCACUGAGGGAGAGCGCGACAAGCUCAAGGCAGAGGCCGAAUCUCUGGCCAAGAGCGCCGAAGACAUCUCUCGCCAGAUAGAGACGGGCUCGCCCGUAUCUACCUCGGCGCAGAUGGCCAGCCCUGCACUUUCGACCUCUAGCGGUAACAACCCCUUCUUCAAGCGUUCCGCCAGCACAGACAUCAUGGGCGUCUUUGGACCGCCGCCCCCGAAUAGGGCCUUCUCCGACAGGUCCUUCGACGAUUUGUUUGGCCCCGGCCCCGUCAGCUCCAGCGGCACUCCCCCGCCAGUUGCAGCAUUCAAACAACAGAACACGGGGCAGUCAUCAGUUAGUGUUGGAUCCUUUUCUAACAACUCAGGGCCGACUCCCAAUGUCAGCCGCGUCCCAACGCUGAGUGCUGAACCUCCUGCGCCGCCAGAGUCCAGACAAUUAAGCUCGAGCUUCUUGCCGUUCCCCGAGCCUAACGAGUCACUGUCUUCGUCGCGACAAGUGUCUCCCCCUACCUCCUCACGUGCCGAAGGCUCGGCGUCCGGCUCAUUCCCCUUCCCCGGCGGUGUGGCAUCGGGCGCCGCAGAGGCCAAGGCUCCUGCGGCUGCCGCUUCCAGCGAAGAAGAGGAGAAACAUGAUAGCGCCAGCGCGACCCCCGUCCCGGCCGCUCAAGGCGAUAGCUCGCAGAAGCCCGCGGAGGGAGAAGCACUAGAUCGAUCCGGCUCUUUUGACAAUACUGACCAUGCUAAGGCCAAGGCAGACUUUGACAAUGCAUUUGCCGCCUUCACCUCAGCCAAACCCCCCAGCAGCAGCGGCGCAGACAAGGGAGCUGCUGCUGUAAAGCCCCAUAGCGCCUUCGACAACGCCUUUGACACAGAAUUCCCGCCCAUUUCUGAGCUUGAGCGGGACGUCUCUGAGUCUGAUAGUGAGAGAGGAGGCUUUGACGACGAUUUCGCACCCGCGUCGCCAGAGAACAAGGCCAAGGAGAAGCAGGUUGCUCUGGAGCCAACUCUAGAGUCUCACAGACCUGCUGCUGAAGCCUCCGACUCAAACGCCCCUUUGUCACCAUCUCAGGAUAUUACAGCUACCCACGAAUCCGAAGCUAAAAGCACGGAAUUGCCCUCUUCUCCCGCCACGAUCACCAACAACCAUGCCACCACCUCUCCGACAUCCAACGCUGAUGACAUCUUUGGUUCCAGCACAAUCCCAGCACCUGCUCACCACAACCCUCCUCCAGCUGCCAAGGGCGCCUUUGAUGACCUCGAUGAUGAUUUCGAGGGUCUAGAAGAUGCCAAGGAAGGUUCCGCGGAUGACGACUUUGCCAACAUUUCUCGGUCUGGACUGGACGACUACAACCCCAUGUUUGACAGCAGCCCCCCAGCCAGCCAGGCCAAGAGCGAGUCUACAGCGUUUGGCAACGAGAGCAGCUUUGACUUUAUCUCAUCUAACUCGGCCACCAGCGCCCCUGGUCAAUCUACCAACGGACAGCAGUCCCAUGACUGGGACGCCAUCUUCUCCACACUGGAUUCUCCCACUACCGCCCCAGCACAGCCUGUACACAGCAACAACACAGGCCCUGCAAAGGAAGAGACAGCCGAGUCUCGCCCCCCGGCUCCGGGACGUGCACUCACGGAAGCGGGAGAGCAUGAUGACCCCAUCCUCAAGAAUCUGACUAGCAUGGGAUACUCUCGUCCUGACGCUCUCGCUGCUCUCGAAAAAUAUGACUACAACUUGGAAAGAGCCGCCAACUUUCUUGCCAGCCAGUCUUAA